UCAACGUCAGACAGUGAACGGUCAAAAUCAAAAAUCAAAAUAUUGUCAUUUGUAUCGGUGUUUUUCUUAUAAUUAUAACGUAUUGUAUAGAUAUUUUUAAUAAAUAUAAACAUAGAAUAAGAUAAAAAUCAAGGUCACUUCGUUCACAUUAUUCUUAGCUGUGAUAAAAAUUACAAAUGCGUUUGUAAAUAUCGCAAGAUUUUCAUCAUUGAUAUUAAUAUUUAGACAGGAUGUCUUUAAAAACAUUAUUAUUAAGAAAUUUAAUAAGAUACAGUAAGAUCACAAACUUCGCUCCUAUUAUUAUUCAGAGACAGUCAUAUAAUAAAAAUGAAAGGUAUAAUUGGAGCUCAAGCAGAAAUACGGCUGUUGCAUUAAUAGCUUCGGUAGUAAUAGGGUCUGCAGCUAAAGAUAAAGAAAAAGAGAAUAAAAAGGAAGAUGUUGAAGCAGGCGAGAAAAGACCUGAUUUGCCAACAUUUACAGCUGAGGAAGUCAGCAAACAUGACAGCAAAAAAAGUUUCUGGGUAAUAUACAAGCAUGGUGUGUAUGAUGUGACAUCUUUCCUAUCGUCACACCCAGGUGGAGAGCAAAUAUUGAAUGCUGCAGGGCUUAGCAUAGAACCAUUCUGGAAUGUAUAUGGCAUGCAUAAGACUAAGGAAAUAUAUGAACUUCUAGAAUCAUAUAGAAUAGGUAACCUUCACGAUGAUGAUGUAGUAGAUCACAGCGAUGAUGAGUUUUGGGCAAAGGAACCCUAUCGAGACAAAAGGCUCAUUAUAAAAACUGCGAAACCAUUCAACGCGGAAAUACCUCCUAAACUACAAAUAGAACAUUUCAAUACACCUAAUGAAUUGUUUUACGUCCGACAACACAUGCCUGUUCCAGAUAUUAACGAAAAUGAACACAAACUAACGGUGACUAUAGUUGGUAAAACCACAACAGUGAAUGAGUUUACAAUGAAAGAUUUGAGCAAGUUCAAACCGGUUACAGUGAACGCUGCGCUCAUGUGCGCGGGAAAUAGACGCAGCGAGAUGAAUAAGGUGAAGCCCGUGAAGGGUUUGAGUUGGACAACUGGCGCCAUCAGCAACGCAGAGUGGGGCGGCGUGCUGCUGCGAGACGUGUUGCUGCACUGCGGGCUGGACACCGAUAACAUCGACGACAAACACGUCAUACUGACGGGCGCGGACACGGACGCGUCGGGCACGCAGUUCUCGACGUCGAUGCCGCUGCGCGACGCGCUGGGCGGCGUGCUGCUCGCCACGGCCAUGAACGGCGCGCCGCUGCCGCCCGACCACGGCCGCCCGCUGCGCGCCGUCGCGCCGGGCGCGCCCGCCGUGCGCAGCGUCAAGUGGCUGCAAUCGAUCACAAUAUCGACCGAAGAGAGUUCCUCUCAUUGGCACCAGAAAGAUUAUCGGUCUUUCAACCCGUCGACGACGUGGGAGACGGCGGACUUCUCGACCGCCCCGCCCGUGUACAGCCUCCCCGUCACGUCAGCCAUCUGCGAUCCGGAGGACGGCGAAACCGUUACCGUCAAAGAUGGCCACAUAGAAGUUAAAGGGUACGCGUACUCGGGCGGCGGCGCGGGCGUGGUGCGCGUGGACGUGAGCGCGGACGGCGGCGCCAGCUGGCGCGCGGCGCGCCUGCGACACGCGCCCGCCCGGCCGGCGCCGCCCGCGCGCGACUACGCCUGGACGCUGUGGAGCGCGCGCCUGCCGCUGGCGGGCCGGCCCGGACAGGUUGAAAUAUGGGUGAAGGCGACCGACAGUAACUUCAAUACUCAGCCAGAGAAGUUCGACGACAUCUGGAACAUUCGUGGAAUUCUCAGCAACGCGUACCAUAAGAUCAAAGUCAAUAUAAAAUAUUAAUAUUUUUAGUUAUCUGAUCAAAUCGUUAUAUUUUAAUUUUAACAGCGAUUUUUAUUUUAUUUAUAUGAUUUUACAUAAAUUUUAUUAAUUAAAAAUGGAUUUAGCAAAUACAA